CAUGGCUUCCUUGUACCCAGUACAUAUAUACUCGCCGGUGUUCUCCAUGGUCGGUCAAUCGAUUACCUCGUGCUGCAAAUUUCGGUAGCGUUGCCGCUUUCUAAGCCUCACCCUCCCGUCUGGGUAUUGAUCACCAUGCGAAUCCGCCUGCAGGGCGCCGGGAAGGGACUGGCAAAGCUUGGCGGUCGAGCUCGUCAACCGACUGAAAGACUCAAGAGUAUAUUGCCAGGACGGGCUCCCAUCGGGACAGGCGCCUUAUCUGCGCCCGAGGUCAGAGCAAGGAAUUCGCGGCUGAAAAGCCUUGUCAAUGAUCUGGAAGAAUCCUCGGCGUCCAACACCAAUCCAACGGGGGCAGGUUUAAAUGAGGUGCUUGACAGUGUUGGAGCUUCAAGACAGGGGUCUCUACCGUCCAAAGGCUGGUCCAGAGGUGAAAAGCUCAAGGAGGGAAUACUCGUGGACAAUGGCAUCCCCCUCGUCUCUCCAAUUCUGGCCCGCGAUGCUUGCAAGUGCCCUGAAUGCAUCGAUCCUUCGGACCGACAACGGAAUUUCUCAUACGCAGACAUUCCCACGGACAUUGGCUUCAGCAGAAUAACCCCCGUCGAGAAUUCCGGCGAAACCAUUGUGAGCUGGCGCAACGACGCCCCGCCUCACUCGGCAGGGAAAUCAACAAUCUUCGACAAGGAGGCCAUCUCGUCCUUGAGGAAGCCGUUCCGCAACCCACACUGGUAUCUGUACAGUUUGGCACAGAAGCUGUGGGACGCCGAGUCGUUCACUCGCGACUCCAACCGGUUCGACUUCAACGAGUACAUGAGCAACGACGACGCACUGGGCGAAGCUCUUCACCUGCUGUGGCGGGACGGCCUCGUCUUCGUUGACGGCGUGCCCGAGUCAGAGGGCUCCGUUUCGCAAAUCGUCACCCGCAUCGGUCCGCUCAUGAACACCUUCUACGGCCCAACCUGGGACGUGCGAUCGGUCCCCGACGCCAAAAACGUCGCCUACACGGCCAAAUAUCUCGGCUUCCACAUGGACCUGCUGUACAUGCGGGAGCCGCCGGCCUUCCAGUUCCUGCACUGCAUCCACAACGAAAGCGUCGGGGGCGAGUCUCGGUUCGCCGACACAUUCAAGGCCGUCGACGUGCUCUACUCGCAAGAUCCAGGCAAAGUCCGCGACCUGAUGACCUACCCCGUGCGCUACGAGUACGACAACGACGGCUACUUCUACUCGGACCUGAAGCCCACGAUCCUCAAGCGUCAAGAACUCAACGUCCCCAACCGCCCGACCCAUAACGCCCACCACCCGUACGUCAUGUCCGACAUUGGGCGUGUGUACUGGUCACCCCCCUUCGUGGGCAACAUCCACCCGAAGCUGGAACACCACGAGCUCGUGCGUUUCGUCUCCGCGAGCAACGCCUUCUCCUCGAUCCUCGAGCGGCCGGAGAUGGUGGUCGAGGAGAAGAUGGACAGCGGCACGUGCGUCAUCUUCGACAACCUCCGCGUCGUGCACGCCCGCAACGCCUUCGACCUCAACUCCGGCCGCAGGUGGCUGAGAGGCGCCUACCUCGGCCGGCAGGACUUUGUGAGCAAGGCCUCGUCCAUGAUCGACAGAAUGCCGGCGAACAUCAGGUUCUACACGCUGGACGGGCAGGAGCCGUGAGGAUGGUGGUCCCGGGAGUUUUGACGACGCCUGAUCUUGUGGGCUGUGACGCAUCCCCUUACGAAUACUCCCAAGUCUUCUAGCUGGAAGUUAACACGCUGCGCUCGCUCCGAGACGGACUCUAUUGCCACACGGCCACUGCCCCCAUGGCCAGGAACCCGAGAUACCCAAUGCAACUCCCCUGAGAUAGAGAGACGCUGGUCAAGAAAAGGCCAUGCGAAGAGAAUCAUAUCAUUGUACGCGGCCCCGUGAGAUAACAAGUUCCGUCCACUUAAUGUCGCCACGUUCCAUCAUGUUGCAUAGACUUGACCUCGUCCCAUCUCUCCAGGAAGUAAGUGGCUGGUCGAAAAGUCUCAGGGUAAGUGUCAAGAGAAAUAGGCCGUCAAGCGCGACGAAACGAGGAUACUCCAUGGGGAGUCAACGGUCUCGAAACAGAAAGGACAAACGGCCCAGGCUUAUUGACAAAAUGGGAAGGACAUUCAUUGCAUAUCUAAACUUCUGGUUUUCCCAGCCCUCACAUUAUAAACAAGCAGCAGAAUAACGACAGAUUUGAG